ACUAUUUUUACGGGGUGAUUGACCGAAUUAACGUUAAAUUAUUUAACUGGGCAAUUUAGUAAAACGUGUUCAUUUCAUUUUUUACAGAGAUGAAAAUGGGACUGGAUACCGAAAGAUACAGUGUAAUAACCUACAGAAAUAGAUCUAUGAAAUGAAAGCACUACUGUUUAUAUGAACACUGUUACAACUGUUUAACUGGAAGCGUCAAAUUGUAUUGAUACAGUAGGAACAAAAAGAUCAGUGUAUGGCCAGAUUUUGAAACCUAUUCAUAAUGACAUGAAUUAAUACACAAGCAUAUAUGUGUAUGCUGGCAAUAGGGUUUUCCAAAUGGCAGAAAUUAUUAUAUCAUUCCGUUCUGUUAAUCAGAUGUAUGAUUGUCUUAUAUAUACAAAAGAAUUAUCCAAUGUUACUUUUGACUGUUCUGUUAAAGUGAUUUUUAAUUUUGAACAUUUUGAGAUAGAUGGGAAGUCAUCAUGUGAUUCUUGUCAAAUUGCUACAAAACAUGUUAAGAAUUCUUUAAUAACUAAUCAUGUUCAUUGUAAGAACAUUGCAGAUAAUAUUGAUUUAGAUGUCACUCACAAUGCCAAGGUUGCCAAGGGCUUGCUGUCAGUUUUUUCCAACAACCAAAACAGAACUUAUGAGGAUGAUACAACUGUAUUUUUGUGUGUUAAUCCAAAUAAAAAAUGUGUCUUAUUAAUGGAUGCACAUUUAGCUUGCUGUGUGGCGCAAUAUGUGAAAAAAGACAGAAUAUUUCGACACAGAUUUUUGAUGUAUGUCAAACGAAAUUUUGGAUUUCUUUGUGAAACGGAUUCAACACACUGGAAUACAAAACUACUUGAGUGUGGUUAUCUCAAUGUACCUUACAGUAUUGAUAUUGUAUCAGUAUGGCCAAAACAAAAAAUAAACAUGAUGUGGUGCCAAAGAAUUCAGCAUCUUGUUGCCAAGCGAUGUCAGUUAGAAGAAUCUAUGGCUUGGUUAUCUACAUUAGGUGGAGGCUAUUCAUCUCUUGGUGACUACUUCUCUCAUUGUGCAGAAAAGGCUGGACAAAUUUCCAUUCGUCAGUUAAAAUUAGCUAUGGAGAUGUCAGAUCCUGUCAUGGCUUCUAAAUGUCGUGUCUUCUGGGCUCAAAGUCUUCUACAACAGGGACAUCUUCAUCUGUGUAAACGAAUUGUUUGGAAAGAGUAUCAGUAUGCAAAGACAAAUGGAACUAGAGAUAAAAGAUUAGAAAAUAUGUGUAUAUCUGUGUGGAAUAGAUUGAAAUAUCUCUUUAAAUUAAAUAAAAGUAAAAAGAAACAACAGAAGGGAUUAUGAAAGCUGAAGAUUUACAUUCACUUGAGUCAAGAAUCCCUGAGUAUCUGUACUAUAAACCCUGUUUACAUUACAAAUUUUAAGUGUUCCAGGGUUAAUUUACUUGUAGUGUAAACAGAAUUACUGAGCAUGCACCAAAUGAACCAUGACCUUUUUUCCUGUGAACUUUGAUAGUUCUGUCAAAAUGGCUGCCCUGGCUAAAUCAACUGUCAUCAUUGUUUUCAUCGGAGUAAUUUGAAUAGGGACUGAGAUUAACUUUCCAGUGAAGAGUUCCACAUUUGGCAUGCUUGGCACAGUUCCGAGACGGUUAUUGUAGAGUAAUGUAAAUGGGUCAAUUUCUUGAAAUUUAUACUAGCCUGGUACAGUGCCUAGAAUGGCACGCUUGUCGUGACCAGGUGUAACAGGGUUAUAGAGGGGGUGGGGCUUCCUCAAAAAAAAUGUCCAGUUUGCAGACAACAAAAAAAAAAAAAAAUGCCAUUCAG